AUGGCAGACGAGGAGUUGAUUAAUAAAAUCCACGAGCUCAGCGACUUGGAGCUCGCCGCACUGAUAUGCUUAGUCGCAGAAGAGCACUGUAUCAUUGAUACAGAUCCCGACGCUCUAGGCGAUCUCGUACAAGAGUUACAGCUGGUCGCAUCUAAAGUCUUCGGCUUAACCUAUGCUGUUAUCGAUUGCAACAGCCACACCACCCUCGAUGAUUUUGCACAUGCUAUUCUUUCCGUUGAUGCGGCUCCUACUCGAACGAAUUCUCCUGCAAUAAGUCGUCGCGACUCGUACUUUUUACAAACACCAGCUUUCCAAUCAAUCAAUAGACCGUCUAUACCGGAAACGACCGAUAACAAAAAGAUAGCAAAUGUCAUCAUCGCUAGGAAUCUCGACGAGGCGCCGCAGCAGAUACAGAUUCAAGCGUUAGAGCUAAUGCGAACGAAACGACUGUUCACAAGGACAUCCAUACAAAAUGCGCCAAAGCGUUUCUUGUUUAUAGCUGCUAUAGCAGGCGGGGAGGGCCCAAGGUUGACAAAACAUCUUAAUGAUUACAUGUUCAUUUCUCAUGUACACGACCCUGAGGAUGGUUUCCCGAACCUAGAAGACAUGUUUACAGACGAUACGAGUUCCACAUUAUCAGUUGUGAAAAGGAGUCCAACAAUACAGGUUGAGGAGAGUUUAUGGGCGAGAAUAUCUCCGAUGGAUAUCGAAAAUUUAGCCCAGCAAAGUAAAAAUACUACAGUCAGUGUCGAGGUCAAGCAAUAUCAACAAAAUAUUGCUUCCUUCCUAAGAAUACAUCGCGCGGUGGCGACGGGUAUAUCUGCAAUUGCCACAAAGCAUUUUGAUAAGCUUGUUAGAUGCCUCGCGCCGUUGCACGGCCUUCCAUACGCUACCCCAUCUCUUAUUGCUCUUGCCGCCAGAAAGAUAUACCUUCAUCGCAUUGAGAUCGUAAGUCCAGAAAGAGAACGUAGUAUGCAGUGGGGGAGUGACUUGGAUGCCAUUAGAGAAAUGUUGGAUGGUAUAGGACCAGAGGAAGUGAUUGAGGAUGUGUUGGGUAGUGCAGGAGCCGAGGCUCCCUUGUAG